AUGAACGCUCUCGACAUGGUGCCCAGCUUUCGGAUCUUUAGUGGCCGAUACAACGCCAGAUUCCUCAAAGGGCCCAACUCGACAGUAGACCCCUGGGGUCUCUAUUACCAGUCUACUGUUACUACUACACACUUCAAGGCAACCAAAGAGUGUGUACACCAUAUCACAUAUAAUCUCUUGAGUACUGAACCAGGCAACAUCCGUCGAUCACCCACCACCCCACUCACAUGCACAAUACCCCCCCAAAGAAAAUCAUCAACAAUCUCACCACUACACAUCAUCAUCACCAUACAACACCCAAUCCCACCCCUUCAAAGAUGA